CAAAAUCAGCAACUAUCCGCCGAACUAGCCCAAACCCAAGAGCAAAAUAAUCUCCAUUUAGAAGAUAUUCGCACUAAGGAAGGGAUUAUUAGCGAACAAAAGGAAGAAUUAGCACAAUUAGAAAGUAGCGAAAAAACUCUAACCCAAGAAAAACAAAACCUUAUCCAGCAAGUCCAAGAAGAUAGAGCAACUUAUCAACGAGCAAAAUCCCAACUUAAAGAAGCUCACCAAAAAGAACUAAACGAACAAAAAUCUUUCUAUUCUAGGAAAAUAAAAGACUUAACUAGCCAACUAACCACCGAAAAGCAAACUAACACUAACCUAGAAAGCCAACUCCAAAGUCAGCAAGAACAAAACACCCUCUUAAAAGAAACUAACCAAACCCGCGAGCAAAGAAUAACUCAACUAGAAACCUACUUAAACGAAAGCCAACAGGAUAGCACCCAAAAGCAAACUUUAAUCAACCAACUCAACCAAGAUAAAAUAACCCUUCAAACUAAAAUCACCCACUUAACUAACCAAACUACCGAACAAACCCGUAAACUAACCGACCAACUAACCCAAAUUAACACCCAACAAGCUGAUUUACUCCAAAAAGAAGCCAAACUAGCUAAACAUAAAAACAAAAAAGCCUUAACUAAGGAAGAAAUCAAAACUUUAACCGAAAAUGUCACUAAUUAUCAAGCCAAAGAGAGAGAUUUUGAAGCAAGAAUAAGAGUUUUAGAGGAUAAAGAAACCAGGCAACGCGGGGCUUUAACUCAAUUGCUAGCUAACCGGGAAAAUGAGUUAAGAGAAUUGGAGGAGAAUAAUGACUAA